CCGAGUUUGUUGCGGGACAGUUACCGUUAAGCUACGCAGUUAGCGGUACCAUGCUACUAAGCUAAGUUCCUUGCUAUUGUUACGUUAGCUGAUUAAAAAUCCAAUUUUACACUUUUAAAUUAGGACCGCUGCUUAUUCUAAGCGGAUGUGGUACUGCUUUGUAGAAAUGUGCUGCUACUUUUUAAAAGUUGUACGAAGCUACAAAUUAAUGUUUCAACCCAAUAAGUAAUAUUUAGACACUAACUCCUUACAAUUUGCCUGUUCCAGCUAUCAUGUCAAAUUUAUCAUAUUCAUAUUUUCAGUGAAUUAUGGAUACUAUGAACUGAAACUCAUUUAUUUUAUUUUAUUUCUACCUUUGUUACUAACAAGACAGUUGGUGUCUCAUUGGGAAUAGAAAGUAAAUUACAAGUGCUUUAAGAUUCACUGUGCAAAUUUUAAAGUUACCAAUUAACUAAGAAGCAUUUUUGUGUCUUUAUUUGCCUUUAUUAGACAUUUCACAGUAUCUACUGUUAUGCUGGAAUGGUACAAGCCCAUUUCCCAUGUUUACUAGUUAUUAUGAAAUCAUUUGUAAGGCCAUAUAAAGAGAAACUGGCCGAGAAAAAGCAUGCCAGUGUAGGGUGCUAUCCGCAUUUUACAGUGAGUUGUAAUACCUUAUCCUCGGAGCAGGCUUUAACACUUUUGUUGCAAAAUUAUUAUGUGCACCAUGUUCACUUGACAAACAUUUUUCAGGACUUUUAAACUGCUCUCAGUAAGUAAAUGACAUACAUGACAAAUAUUCCAGGACUUGCUCAAAGCUAAUUUCGGGGUGAUAAGUUUAAUGGAGCCAUAGUCUGAAAAACUAGGAAUUCAGGGUGAUUCACGAUAACGUUUCCUAUUUAUUUGUGUGUGGUCAUGGGAUGUCCUCCUUCAUGAUGUUAUUUUGUAAGGGUUUUAUAUGUUUGGUGUUCCACUGUCACCUAAAUCUUUUUGUAGGUAGGUGAGCUGAUUUGAGCCAUUUAUCGCUGUCUAAUUUGGCAUUAGUAUUUAUUUUCCCAGAAAUAUUUAAUCCCUUGAGCAAAUAUCUAACUGGAACCAGUUUUUUUUUGUUUGUAUUGUCUUACUUGCUUAUGUUUAGGUGGGUGGGUGAGUGGGUCUGUGUGCGUGUGUGCCCAUUCAUGCUCAGUCUUCCACACAGGUAUCCUGUCCCCUCCCAGCAUCCCUCCCACUUCUGCUGUGGCCACCAAGCUAGGAUGAGAUCCCAUGCUUAAUUAAGCCCUUGGGAACAGAUGGAUGACAAAUUACAGAAAAAGGGAAAAGGACUACAUCUUCCACUGCUUCAGUAUGGCCCCUGAGUUGAGCAGUCUCAGCAUCAGUCCCUCCUAACACUCCAGCAGAUCUCAGGAAACACUGGAGUGCUUUGAGCGGUACACUGCUGCAGCAGGGAUGAUCACAUCCCAUAUGAACGGUUAUGUGCAAGAGGCCUCAGGCCUGAUCAAGAGCCACAGGGAGAGGGCCGUGGACUGUCCAGGGGAUGAAAGCAGCCUUGUCAAAUCUCCACAGUGCAGUGCCCACAUGGAGAGGAUCCAGCAUUACCAAGAGGAGCUGAGAAAAAGGAGGGAAGAGGACAGCAGGUUGAAGCAUGAAAUUGACCUCAACUCUUCCCUAAGGCUCAAGAAGCUGUCGCAGAACCCUAAAGUGGGCAUUGACAAUCCCACCUUUGAGGGAAAGGAAAAAGCCACCAAAGACACAUGUUCCCUGGAUUCUGUAGUCGAGCUGGAGGAGUUGCUGCAGACUCUGAAGUGGGUGCAGCACUGCUUGACUGAUGCUCAGAGCCAGCAGGAUGUGGAGCUUAUAACGCAGCUCCUCACUAAGGAAGACUUCAGGACUGCCUAUUCAAUAUACAGCGCUGUGUCUCAGCAGAUGAGUAGAGUCAGUCCCACCUCCCCCCUUACAUCACAAGCUCAAGACCUCUGCCUGGAGGUACAGAAGAUUCUCCAGUCCAGCCAACAUAAGGAGGGUUUAGAGCUCAGAGCUCUGCUCACCAAUCCUCAUCUCCAGGCACUGAUGCAGGCCCAUGACAGCGUGGCAGUGCAGGAAAUGGCAGAGGAAAGUGUGACCCAGUACCUCGGAGAGACGGUUAAAUUAGUGCGGCUGGAGAAGGCCAGAGACACUCCACUGGGUGCAACAGUACGUAAUGACAUGGACAGUGUGGUGGUGAGCCGUGUUGUAAAGGGCGGAGCAGCAGAGCGGAGUGGCCUCCUCAGUGAAGGAGAUGAGAUCCUGGAGAUCAACGGGAUUUCUAUCCGUGGGAAACACGUCAAUGAAGUCCACGACUUGCUGCAACAAAUGCAUGGCACUCUGACCUUCCUCCUCAUCCCCAGCUCUCAGAUUAAACCUGCCCCGCACAGACAGACUGUGAUGCACGUACGAGCGUACUUUGACUACGACCCGUCUGAUGACCCCUUCGUGCCGUGUCGAGAGCUUGGCCUGUCCUUCCAGAAGGGAGAUAUACUCCAUGUCAUCAGCCAGGAUGACUCCAACUGGUGGCAAGCCUACAGGGAUGGAGAUGAGGAAAACCAGCCCCUGGCUGGACUCAUUCCAGGUAAGAGCUUCCAGCAACAGAGAGAGACAUUAAAGAAAACUCUAACAGACAGAAGUCGAGAGCAGCAAGGGAAGAAUUGGUACCCAAAGAAGAGUAAGAAACAGAGGAAGAAGAGCACGUCACAGUCCAGCAAAAGUACAGACUACGAUGACAUCCUGACCUAUGAGGAGAUGUCGCUCUAUCACCAGCCUGCCAACCGCAAACGCCCCAUAGCUCUGAUCGGCCCAACAAACAGCGGUCACGAUGAGCUGCGCCGGAGGCUUCUUUCCAUCGAACCCGAGAAGUUUGCUGUCGCUGUUCCACAUACAACCAGGAGCCCGAGGAUACAUGAGCGGAAUGGGCGCGAGUACCAUUUUGUAACCCGUUCUGCAUUUGAAGCCGACUUGGCAACGGGAAAGUUCAUUGAAUCGGGGGAGUACGAGAAGAACUUGUAUGGCACCAGCACAGACUCCGUCCGACACGUCAUCAACUCUGGACGCAUCUGUCUGCUCUGCCUACACACAAGGUCACUGCGAGUCCUGAGAUCCUCCAACCUUAAGCCAUAUGUGAUCUUCAUAGCUCCUCCUUCUCAGGAGCGACUACGCACCCUGCUGGCCACAGAGGGGAAAACACCAAAGCCGGACAUGCUGAAGGAGGUCAUUGAAAAGGCCCGCGAGAUGGAGCAAAAUUUCAGCCACUACUUUGAUGCAACCAUCUUGAACGUGGAUCCAGACCAAGCUUUCCACGAGCUGCGCAGGAUGAUAGAUAAACUGGACACUGAGCCCCAGUGGGUGCCCACGUCCUGGCUGUGUUAGAGGUCACUGUGUCCCAGCACCAUGAGUCGAAGGACGUAAACAGAAGACUGGAGAGUGAAAAACGAACCAGGGACGGUUGGUAAACUGUCACUGGAAUUUGACUUGCACAUUUUCCUCGAUUGUAGAGGAGGUGAUCGUUACAGGGAUGGACUCAAUUUUAAUCUUUGAUUUUGUUGUCGGUGUGCGUGUGUCUGUUGGUGAUUUUUGUUUCUCUGUUGAUCUCAGUUUUAUGCAAAGUCAUUUAUCAACAAAAUAGAACCAUUUCUAUUCUAUGCUUAAUAGUUAUUUAUAACUGUACAUACAUAUUUUCUAGACCAAAGGAUCAAGUGUUUUACUGUUACAGUUUGUGUGUGGGAGUCUUUAUGUGUUGGUUUUUAAUUGACUCCCUAAUGAAGCAGCAGAUCAGAAACUCUUUAGGUACCAAACAGAAGAGAAGCAUCAGUGCUUUUUGCAGGGCACCGUCUUCCACUCAGAAGUGCAGGAGAGAGAUCUGCUGUAAUCUGCACAGUUUGGAGGUACUUCCAUUGUCAGUAUUUGAUUUUGUGUCUCAUUUUAUGAUUUUACGCUGUGAUAACAAACCACUGUAGCUGGUUGUCGUUACAAACAGUAAUGCUGCUAAGUACUGCCGAGUUUCUGGUUUUGUUUUUUUUUGUUUUUCUAUCAGUAUUGAUAAGAGCAGUUAGUGUGAUUCCAACAAAUACUGUAUUGAUUCUUUGCAGUUCAUUUGCAAAUUCAUAAGCACAAUUUUGUGCUCAUGAAUUGUUAAUAAAAUAAAACACAUGUGAACAAGUCA